AUGGUGAUGGAAGUUGACGAGGCAGUUUCGGCGACAACAUCAGCAAAUAAUACAUCGAAUACAAAUGAUGUUGAAAUGGACACAUCUGAAGGACCGAUUGAGAGAGAUGAAAUUUUUGGUGAGCAAUGGAUGGGGUUAGGGGAAAUUGGGUGAAAAUCUUGGGGUUCUAGGUGGAAAAGGAAGAUUUCUGAUAUUAUUUUGUCAAGUUUUGAAACUGAAUCUCAAUUUUUCUUCAUGAAAUUGCUGACGAAUUUGUGUCUCAAAGAUGCAUCACAGAAGCCACGUGUUUCUGGUGAUUCUUGACGGCAAUAUUAUAUUAAAAAGUUGCUAAGAAUAAGGAAAUGGUGCUGAAAAAUCCUGAAAUUUUUGGCGUAAGGUCCCUAGAUUUCGACCUCCAAAACCUUGUUUUUUUUAGCCACUAGUUCUUCAAAUCUUAAAAAUUAGGAAUUUCUGGCUGAAAAACCCUGAAGGUUCCUGAAAUUCUAUCCUCGGAUAUCACCUAAAAACCCGUAAUUUCAUUCAGAACCAGUCGAUCAAAUUCAAUGGAAAUUCAACCAAGUCAAAGGCAACAUUGACAAUGAAGGUUGUCACACCGAAGCCGACAUCAUUUCCUGUGUCGAAUUCUCGCAUGACGGCGAAUAUUUGGCGACGGGAGACAAAGGCGGACGAGUUGUCAUUUUUCAACGAGAUCAAAGUGGAAAAUAUGUUAAAGGAGUCAGAUCGCGCGAAUAUAACGUAUAUUCGACUUUUCAAUCACACGAACCUGAAUUUGACUAUUUGAAAUCACUGGAAAUUGAUGAGAAGAUUAAUCAGAUUCGUUGGUUGAAGAAGAAGAAUGCGGCUAAUUUUAUUUUAUCGACAAAUGGUAUGGUGGAUUUUCAGAAGGGGUUUGGUUUGGGGAGCGGGAGGCUACUUUUUGGCCUGAAAAAUUAGAAUUUGAUAAUGUUUUUAUGAUAAUUUUGAGCGGAAAAUCACUGGGUUUUGUUAUAGAAUUCUUUGAAACUUUUGAGAUGUUCUUGAGCUCUAAAUUCAGGAUUUUAAAUUCCAAAAUUCGUGAUUUCCUAAUUCUCUCCAAGAUUUCCAAAGUUCAAGCCAAAUCUCAUUUUUUGUUUCUUGCAGACAAAACAAUCAAAUUGUGGAAAAUUAGUGAGCGUGAACGAAAAAUUGCCGAAGAUUGCUGGAAUUUGCCAAGAAACAAUAGAAUUAAGUGAGUUUGUUUUUUGGUCGAACAUCUUGGCUCAGAAUUGCAGGUGUAUUCUGAAAUCCAUGAAAUCCACGUGGAUUUCUGAAUUAUCCCUUUUCAGCAAACAAAUCUCAUAUACAUAUUUUCAGCACUUCCUCAUUUCGCGGUCGCCUUCAAAUUCCCUCAAUUGUUCCCAUGGAAUUGAUUGUUGAAGCGAGUCCGAGAAGAGUUUAUGGAAAUGCACACACCUAUCAUGUUAAUAGUAUUUCGGUGAACUCGGAUCAGGUAAGAUAUUUAUAAAUUCGAAUUUUUCUCGAUAUUUGGAAAAUUUUGAGUCUAAUUAUGUGUAGUUUCGGAUUCCACGUGGGAUUUGAAACAUUUUGAGCCCCAAUUUGAUGGAAAUUUAAAUUCUCUUUAAAUUUGAGCAAUUUUGGGUUCGAUAUAAUUAGAAAACCGUGUGGAAUUAGAAAAAUAUCGAGUUUCAAUCCAUUACGGACUCGAAAUUUCGGAUUUACAAUCCAAAAAUCAGAUAUUUUCUGUCAAAAUUCAAAUUUUGCUAAAAAAACCCUCUGUUUUCUAGGAAACAUUUUUGUCGGCCGACGAUUUGCGGAUAAAUUUAUGGAAUCUGGAAAUCACCAAUGAAAGUUUUAGUGAGUUUUAAAACCAUUUGCAAAUAUGAAAUGCAUGCUUCCAUUAUUUUUCACACAACAACCUCUCUAUUUUUCUAGAUAUUGUCGAUAUCAAACCAACAAAUAUGGAAGAAUUGACCGAAGUCAUAACAGCCGCCGAAUUUCAUCCAACCCAAUGUAAUUGGUUUGUCUAUUCAUCGUCAAAAGGAUCAAUUCGACUUUGUGAUAUGAGAGAUCGAGCAUUGUGUGAUGCGUAUGCUAAAAGUAAGGAUUUUUCUCAAAAUUUGGGUCUUGAAAUGGGGAUUUCGGGUUGAUUUAUUUAAAAAAACACUUCCAAUUUUCAGUCUGAAAUGAAAAAAGUUUUAUUUAAAAUUCAAAAGAAAAAACUCACAAACAGUUCUAAUUUUUGCCCAAAAAAUCUACCAAAACACUUUAUUUUCCUCCCCCCUUAAUCUCUUUGAUUUUUUUCAGUAUUCGAAGAACCUGAAGACCCACAAUCUCGUUCAUUUUUCUCCGAAAUCAUAGCAUCGGUCAGCGAUGUGAAAUUCUCGCACAAUGGUCGAUAUUUGUUGACUCGCGACUAUUUGACAGUCAAAGUUUGGGAUUUGAAUAUGGAAUCAGAACCUGUCGAAACGUAUUCAGUACAUCCAUAUUUGAGAACAAAAUUGUGUGCUUUGUAUGAAAAUGAUUCGAUAUUCGAUAAAUUUGAAUGUGAUUGGAGUGGUGAUGAUAAGUGAGUUGGUUUUGGAAGAAGUUGGUAUGGAAAUGAGCUAAAAUUUGGAAUUUUCGGAGAAUUUUGUAACUCGAAUCAGUUUUUGGGCUACAUUUUGCUUUUAAAAAACCAGCCGAAAUGAGAGCCCAGAAUCAGAAUUUUUGACGUGAAUUUAAUUAGUAGCCGAGUUUUCUUCCAUUUUUUUGGUGUCUUAGGUCAUGGUCUAUUUUAUAUAAUUAUUGAAGAAAAAAGUUUUUCUUAUCAUCAACGUCAAAUUUUGUGGCACCAAAAUGAAACAAAAAUUUUUAAUUUUUUGUUUAAUUUCAGUGCCCCACAAUUUGACGUUGAUAAUAACAUUCCCCCAAAAUUCACUAUUUUUCAACAAAAUUUCAAGUUUUGUUAUAAACUUUCAUAUCUAAUUCAUCCCUAUUUCCUCUAUUCUUUCAGACAUAUUUUGACCGGUUCCUAUCAUAAUUUAUUCCGUUCCUAUGCACGUGGCACCAAUUCAAACGAUGCAAAAACAUGGGAAGCUCGACCGCAAGACACGCAUACUCAAUUGAAAUCAAGAUUUGUUGUGCCGUCGGCGAAACGAAAGAGGAAUCAAUUGUCACAAUCUGGAACUGAAUCGGUAAGAUUUGAAGGGAUUUUGGGCUGAAAAUUGGAAAUUUAUACUUGAAAUUCAUGAAUAUUGAUUAAAUUUGAGUUAUUCAUGAAAGUUCGAAGCAAACCGAAAAAUGUUGCAUUUCCAUAGAUCUUCCCAGCAUUUUUCCGCCCCUUAAAAAUUCCCGGAAAAAGUACGUUUCAAAAUUUUUAUAUCUAUUUUUCUGAUUAAAAUUCAAUGAUAGGCUUGGUUCACCCGUUUUCAAAAAUUAGAAAAAAGACAAAGUUAUUUGUAGCAAAAAAUGAAAAUCUGACACCUUUUUGGCAACAACUGUAUAUAGAUUUCCGUUAUAACUAUCGAAAAAAAAAUUAUAAUGCAAAUUUUACCUGGGUUAAAAAAAUUGAUACUUGAGGGCUGAAAAUUGUUUAUUUAAAAAUAACCCACAAAUACUGAAAUUUUCAUGGAAGCCCAACUAAAAUCCUAAAUUCUCUCAAAUUGAUCCAGAAACUAAAUAAACCCUGAUUUUUUGCAGCAAGGCGAAGAAGAUUUAUCCUCUGAUCAACUUCAAUUUGACCGAAAGAUCUUACACACAGCGUGGCAUCCAAAAGACAAUAUAAUUGCAUUGGCGGCCACCAACAAUUUGUACAUCUUUUCAGAUGUUUAA